AUGAGUGAUAGUAUUGACUUCAACGAUAUGAUAAAUUAGAACAGGUAUUUAAUCUUUAACAUACAGAAACAUUUAUGGUACCUAGUAACAAAAGGAUGAAAGCAAGAUGAUUCAUAAGCCUGUGGAUGAUUCAAGUCUUACAAUUGAUAAUAUUCUUAAAGGAAAUCAGUAUGGCAUUAUGUGUAUAACUAAGAGCAUUUUAUAAUCCUAUGUCGCUUUAAACAUCAUAAUUGAAAGAUAAAAUAGAGGAAGAAUCUUAGGAUGAAAAGGUCAAUUUUUUCUAAGAAGUUUAAUUGUUAACCAAAAUACCUGAAAUUGUUUCAUUCAAUUUAAUUUAUAAUUACAAGACAAUUUUUAAGAAUGAAGGCAUCCCAUAUGAGGAAGCUAAGCAUUUAGAUAAAAGUAUUGUCAACAAUAAUGUUAGCUCGAAUUAAAAGAAAAGAAAGGGAGUUAAAGGUUAGUGGAGCCUCUGUAGAAAAAGAUGUUGCACCAACUAAGAAACAAUAUGUUAGACUAUAUAAAAACCAGAUAUCUAAAAUUUGUUUUACGGCUCCAAAAAGUCUUUCUUUGAUUAGCCAACAUUUAGGAAAUAACACUAAAUGGGAGAAGCAAUUAAAGAUAUAAGACUUUGGUGGAUUGAGGCCUUCUUUAUCAAUAGUUCAAGAGAAAACCACAGGAAGAUUCUACAUCUAUGAUAACAAAUUAGGAAAAGUACAUAUCUUUAGUUCAGACAUGUUGAUUAAUGACAAUAAGGAUAAACCUUUAGUUUCAUUAAAUCUGAAUGAAGACAAACCUAGGUAAGAUCCAUUAUUAUAUUUAAUUGAAUGUGAACAUGAAUAUUAAUGGAAGAGUGUGCUGCUGGUAAUAGGAGGACAUCAUUUAUAAAGAGGAGAAAAGAAGCCUUUGAAGACUAUAAAAGUUUUUGAAAUAAAAAGAAGAGAAGUUACAUUAACACCUGUAUUAACAAUAACAAUGACAAAAUCGAGAAUGAAUCCUAUAGUUUUUGAUCUGAUUAAAGACAAAGGACUGAUUUGGUAAGAUAAGGAUAAUGGAGAUAAGGAGAAAGUAGAUGCCGAACAUAGAUCAGUGGAUUAAAAGUACAUUUUUAUAAUGGGUGGCAAUCCGUUAUUAGAGUAUGAAAAAGAAACUGAUCAAGAGUUGAUUGAGGCUAAUUAAACAUGCGAAUAUGUUAGUUUAAAAUUAAUAUUGGAACAUAUAGCUAGAGCUAAGCUAGUAUAUAUAAUCUAAUAUUUUUAAAUAGUUUUCUAUGACAGAUUAAGCCAAUUUGAGUUUGAAUUUUGGAAAAUUCUCAAUUGUUGAUACUCUGACAAUUAAGUAUCAAAACAUUAUUGCUACUGAGAAGGUUUAUAACCAUUUUUAUAAUGCUUCUGUGACAAAAAUGGUUGACGAUGUAUUCAAAUAAAAAGCAUUAAUAAUUCUGGGAGGCAACACCUCUUAAACAUUCUAAAUUUAAGCUAUUUCAUUCAAAUUGAAUGAGAUUACUUUGAUUGGAUAAACAAAAUAAAUAUAAAAACCAUCUCUUAUAUACUCAGCUAGCAAUUUAAGGUACAGUACAUUAAUAACAGAGAUAUUUUGAGAAGAAAGUCUUUUAUUUUGAUGAGACAAUUAAAAAGGAUCCAUCACAAUUAUAAAACAUGGAAUCCAGAAGGGAUACAAAAGUAGCUUGUAAUUGCAGUAUAAUGUGAUUAUAAGAAUAGUUUAACUUUAUAAUUUAAAAAAUAUAUACAAGUUAUUAAUACAGGUUAAGCAAAUUCCAAAUCCUAAAAUCCUAAAUUUCUAAAAUUCAUUCCUAUUGGAAAAUAUGUUAUGAAAGAUGGAACCUAUGAUUUUCCAAGAGCAAAAGAAGCUUAAUGUUCACCACUUGCCUUAAACCUUUUUAGCAUAGACGGAGUCACCAGAGUAUUCUAUGGAAUGGAUUAUAUAUCAAUAGCUAAAAAAGAAGAUAGUAAAUGGGAUGAUUUGAGAUCGAAGAUUUUUGAAUAUAUGUUCGAUUAAUUUGAAUUGAAUCAAGCUGGUUCAGAGAGAAAAUUCAUUUAUGAGGGAUUCAAACAAAAUCAAGACUCAAUUUUUAAAGAAGAUGAUAGUAAAGUAAUUAAGAAUUUGAAACAUCGCCUGUUCAAAUGA